UCUUUUCCCCCACAACCCAGCCAACAUUUUUCGGGUUUCUCCCAAACCAAAACCCUAACUAGUAGCUCCCUAGUCCCUAGCAACGAGCCAAAGCCAACCAGCGACGCUGCGACGACGGCCCACGGCCAGUCGUCCACCGUGACACCGUCUUUCCCACCGCGACAGCGAACCAGCAGGCAGGCCGCAGGCGGCAGCAACCUUUCCGGCCAUUUAAAAGGCAUCAAAUUUGCCUAUUCCCGGGUUUGAAACACACAACGGACUAAAUAUCAAAGCAGUAAAGAUGGAACUGACUCUAACACGCCCUGAUGACUGGCAUCUUCAUCUCCGCGAUGGAGAUCUUCUUGCUACUGUUGCUCCUCACAGUGCAAGACAUUUUGGAAGGGCAAUCGUUAUGCCGAAUCUAAGGCCUCCUGUUACUACUACAGGUGCUGCUAUUGCUUACCGAAAGUCUAUUAUGGAAGUAUUGCCUGAUGAUAGCGACUUCAAUCCUCUCAUGACACUUUAUUUGACUGAUACGACCAGCCCUAAUGAGAUCAAGCUUGCCAGAAAAAGUGAGGUGGUAUAUGCUGUCAAAUUAUACCCUGCUGGCGCAACAACUAAUUCUCAGGACGGUGUCACUGAUCUUUUAGGAAAGUGUCUGCCUGUGCUUGAAGAGAUGGCUGAGCAAGAUAUGCCUCUUCUGGUCCAUGGAGAAGUUACAGAUCCUGAUGUAGAUAUAUUUGAUCGUGAAAAGGUUUUUAUUGAGUCAGUUUUAAGACCUUUAAUUCAGAAAUUACCACAGCUAAAGGUUGUGAUGGAACACAUCACUACUGCUGAUGCUGUCAAGUUUAUUGAGUCCUGUAAUGGAGGAAAUGUAGCAGCCACUGUGACGCCGCAGCACCUUGUUCUGAAUAGAAACUCUCUCUUCCAAGGAGGGUUGCAACCGCAUAACUAUUGUCUUCCAGUGCUCAAAAGAGAAAUCCAUAGACAGGCACUUGUUUCAGCGGUAACCAGCGGGAGCAAGCAAUAUUUUCUUGGGACUGAUAGUGCUCCUCAUGAAAGGCGGAGGAAAGAAUGUUCGUGUGGAUGUGCUGGAAUCUAUAAUUCCCCUGUUGCUCUAUCACUAUAUGCCAAAGUAUUUGAAGAGGCUGGUGCCCUUGACAAGUUAGAGGCAUUUACAAGCUUUAAUGGACCUGAUUUCUAUGGUCUUCCAAGGAAUACGUCGAAGAUCAAGUUGAAAAAAGAACCAUGGAAAGUCCUAGAGCGUAUACCUUUCCCAUCCGGAGAAAUAAUCCCUAUGUUUGCUGGACAAAUGCUUGACUGGAAGCCAUCUUUCUGAGAUCAUCUCUUAUCCAUCUUUACCAUCUGUACUUUCCCUUUCUUUUGUGUCUCAUUGAUGAGAAAUGUGUACUGCUUGAACAUCAAUUUUGUGGACAGUCAGUUUGUAAGACCUCUUACCUUAUUUAGCAAAAAAAAAGGACCAACAAGUGCUUGGAUCAAGUGGUAGUAAGAGGUUUCGGCUCAAUCAAAGGAUUCAGAUUCGAGCUUCAAGCACUUGUUUGGAGAGCUCCCCCCAAUCGAGCAUUCCCUGCCCAAAUCUAAGAUCAUUCGAACUCUGGUAGGCUCUAAAUUACUGUGUAUUUUUUCUUUAUCUUCUACCCCUUGACAUGAAAAAGGGGGUUCAAAUUUUCCAAUUUAAUUUCUACAAGACAAAUUUAUAAUAAUUCUAAUAAAGUUCUAUACUAGCUUAAUCUUA